AUGAACAAGGUGCGGUUCCCAGGGAGGGAGGACCGUGUCAAGCGUUUCCCUGAUGGGACUUCUCAGAGCGAUAGGAAGCGCUUCUGGAGAUGGCUUCAUGACCGGUUCGCGUCUGCUGUCGAGCAGGACACCCACUGGCGGCUCAUGUACGACGUGACGCCGACGCGCAAGAGGCAGCAUACUCAGGGUCAUGCCUCUUCGCCGACGUGUCUGUUCUGCGGCAACGAUGCAGCGGUCAUCGAGACGGUGUCCCACUACUUUUUCGAGUGCGCGUACUCGACCAGCUUCUGGGGUGGGGUGCUACGCAUUCUGCUUGACAAGCUCGGCAUCGAGGAUACCGACGUCGAUCCGUCGACGUUCACUCCGGAGCAGCUGACUAUGGGGCUCCCCCUUUUGCGGGGUCGUGGGAGAACGACCUCAAAAUGGAUGUGGGUUCGGCUGGCCUGCGCGAUCGGCUUCCAGCGGCUGCACCUGCUAUGA